AUGACGAAAAUGGCGGACAGCGGAUCAUCGGUUGAAAUUGUCGAGGGCUGUCGCCUUCCCGUUCUUCGUAAGAAUCAGGAACACGAAGACGAGUGGCCAUUGGCUGAGAUUUUAAGUGUAAAGGAAGUCUCCGGGAGAAAGCUCUAUUAUGUUCACUACAUCGACUUCAAUAAACGUUUGGAUGAGUGGGUCACAGCAGACAGGUUGGACAUGAAGAAACUACAGUUCCCUAAAAAGGAAGCAAAAACUCCAACUAAGAAUGGUCUUCCGGGCUCCCGGCCUAGUUCACCUGAGCGAGAAGUGAGGAAGAGUCUAGAUCUCAACCUACAAUCUACCACAGCUCCUUCCAGAGGCAAAACCCUCCCCACUCCGAAGAGGAAGGUGGAGCCGGUCCCACUAGUACCACAGGUGCCGCCGGCCCCUCCUGUACCAUCCCUGCCGACUUCGACGGAGGCUUCUCCGGCUGCAGUUUACCCCGCUGCAAGAGAGACGAACACCUUCAAAACCCGAGAAGACCAUGACCAGAUCUCUUCCCUCACGACUAACGGCACCGCUCGAAGACUCAUCCCCUCUCAGCCCGGCAGGAAGCGAAAAGCUAAUUGUGGACCUGCCGACGAGAUGAUAAAGGUUUUGCAGUAUAACAAGCCUCAAAGUGCCAGUGUCUUUCUACCACCACCAGAGGAUUCCCAAGACAGUUCUGACGGUAUCCCAUCCGCACCCCGCAUGACAGGCAGCCUGGUGUCGGACCGCAGCCACGACGACAUCGUCACCCGAAUGAAAAACAUCGAGUGUAUAGAACUCGGCCGUCACAGGCUGAAGCCGUGGUACUUUUCCCCGUACCCGCAGGAACUUACAUCGCUGCCCAUUCUCUACCUCUGUGAAUUCUGCCUCAAGUACCUCAAAAGUCUCAAGUGUCUACAGAGACAUUUGACAAAAUGUAACCUCAGACAUCCUCCCGGCAACGAAAUCUACCGCAAAGGAACCAUCUCAUUCUUUGAGAUUGACGGCAGAAAAAACAAAAAUUAUUCCCAGAACCUGUGUUUACUUGCCAAAUGUUUCCUGGACCACAAAACCUUGUACUAUGAUACAGACCCUUUCCUCUUCUACGUAAUGACGGAAUAUGACUCCAAAGGCUUCCACAUAGUGGGAUACUUCUCUAAGGAAAAAGAAUCUACUGAAGAUUAUAAUGUUGCGUGUAUCCUGACGUUGCCGCCUUAUCAGCGGAGAGGUUACGGGAAAUUACUCAUCGAGUUUAGUUACGAGCUGUCCAAGGUUGAAGGAAAGACUGGCACUCCAGAAAAGCCCCUCUCGGACCUUGGCCUGUUGUCUUAUCGUUCUUACUGGUCUCAGACCAUCCUGGAAAUUCUCAUGGACCUUAAACCAGAUAACGGCGAGAGGCCGCAGAUCACUAUCAACGAGAUCAGCGAAAUCACAAGUGUCAAGAAAGAAGAUGUAAUUUCAACGUUGCAGUAUCUUAACCUGAUCAACUAUUAUAAGGGCCAGUACAUUCUGACUCUAUCAGAGGACAUUGUGGAUGGACACGAAAGAGCCAUGCAGAAGAGACACACGCGCAUAGAUCCAAAAUGUCUUCAUUUCACGCCCAAGGACUGGAGCAAAAGGGGCAAGUGGUAA